AUUAUCGUGUUAAUUAAAUUGCUCGUUUUAAUUAAUCCCAUUUAAGAAUUAGAAGGAAGGAUCAGAGCACGCGUAGUCUAGUCUAUAUAAGGGCCAUCAGUGCGUGCUGUAUUGCUAUCUGAACUCAUCAUUCUUCUCCUUCUCCUUCUUCUUCUUCCUCCUCUCAUUAUUCGCUGUGCCAGCUAUGGUUAAUUGCCAAAGAUGAAAUUAAGCAGCUAGCCGGGAAUCGCCGGCGGCCUGACAUUGGGAUCGGAGGCCAUGGUGCAGCCAAGGAUGACUUGCCGAUCGAUCGAUCUAUCUAUGAAGCUAAGCUAGCUGGCCAUGGAUCCAUCCAUCAAUUGGCAAGUUGUUCUUGGCUACAUCUUGGCCCCUGCUCCUCAUGUAAGGCCGGCCUGUGGCGACGACGAUCGAAGGCGAGCGCUUCAGCUUUGUUAAUUAGCUCUUGUUCUUGGCCAAAUCCAACGCAAUUUUGCAAGCCUAAUCGCAGUGUUGCAAAUUGCACUAUGCCGCGGUUUGCGCGCACUGCCUGGAUCAUAGGCCAUCGAGAUUGUGAUACAAAAUCAUGCUCAGCCACAGUGGCGGAUGCAGAAAAUUUUUGCAUAAAGGGUACAAACUUAAAUACUGGUAGGAUAUUAAUGGAAUGUGAUCUUAAUUAAUUAAGAUUUUUUCUACAAUAAAUAAGAUUUGUGCCUAGAUAUUCCUUCUUUUAUGUCCAUCUUCCUUUUUACCCAAAUAAAUUUAAUAUAUACACUGUGAUAUGAUGGGUGUUUUGCAAAACUAUUUGGGUGUUUUGCAAAAAGCCGAAAAUCCUAUGGUGUGUCCGUCGCUGGCUCGAGGCUAGAAAACCGUUUUUAGAUGUAUGCAUGCAUUGGAAGAGAUUCUUGAAAUGUUCAUAUAUGUUAAUAUGAAAUCCGGAGUACAAUCCUUUUUGUAACAAAAUGAUAAUGAAAAUUUCCAUUUUUUUUUUUCUGAAAUUAAAGUUGCAUUGAAACACGCUUAUAAGCAAUAUUGGUGGACAAUGUAAUUUAAACUCUACUCUUUUUUUUUAAAAAAAAUUUGUAACAUAAAUCUAAACAUAACCUAUGUCCAAAUUUAUAAAAGGAGUUGGUUUUUUUUAAGGGAUAGGGAGGCAUGAUAAGAGACACGCACACAUAACACAACUUAUUGUGGUGAAACUAGUAUACUUGGGUUUAAAUUAAUGCUUGUUUUUAUGACUAAUUAUUCUUUCAGUAUGACAUAUCCGUUGACAAUGGGUUGUGACUUUAUCAGUGUCAAGAUAUAUCAACCCAGUUUGUACUGUCUCUUAAAAAAAAAAAGCUCUUUUGAUCAACUGGGCCGUUUCCAGCAAAGGCCGGCAACAACUCUUGCGACCUCUAUCUCAUCUCUUUUGAUUCUUUCAUUUCCUUUUUUUUCCCUUUAUUUCUCUCUGCAAAACCACUACUCAUGCAUAUUCAUAUCUAUCUUCUCUCUUAAUUUGUUCGGUCGCUUUCGUUCGCCCCCGCCGACGUCGAUCGUACGGCCACCGACGGCGAUGCGCACGUACGUACGAUCGAUCGUAUAUAUACCGGUAUACGACGGUGUACGAUACGAGUGGCGUAAAUUGGCGCCGUACACUUCAGCGAUAUCCAUGAGCAGCAGCCUCCUGAACCCUAUGGAACAAACGGUGCGCUGCAUUGGCUCUUCGGCAUUGGAGUCUUUGGGCAUUGGCACACCGAUUCAUCGAGCAGCCAAGCCCAUAGCAUUUUUCGGAUAUUGCAAUUUCCCUUUUUUUUUCCUCAAGAAAUAUAGUAAAACAGAGGCGCUCGCACACGCGUACACGGCACACUCAUCCUCUAUAAACAAGCGCGCACACACACCUAUAAGAAAACUAGACAUCCUCUAUAAACAAGCGCGUGCACACCUAUGAGAAAACUAGACAGACAUAUUUUAAGCACCUUCGGAAGAUCACAUACAUCUAGCUAUCGACGGAUUCAAUGCUUAUCACUAAUAAUUAGCCCAAGUCUACCACUUGAACAUAAGCAGGUUGGUUCCAUUAUAAAAAAAAACCUAGAAAAUGACAAUACAAAAAAAAGGUUAUAUUGCACAAUUGUAGUUACGAUCACUUCAAAUAAAACAUAUACUCUCUCGCCCCAAAAUAAAUCUACUUUUAUACAUGAAAUAAAUAAAAAUUGAUUGAUUUUAGAAUGGAGGGAGCAAAUUAUUUCUGCUACAGGAGAGUCCACUGUAAAUAAAAAUAAAAUUCUGGCAAAUAUCAAAGGUAUCGGUUGAAACCAUUGUUUAUAAUUAAAUUAAAACUAUUCCUUCAUUUUCCAUGUAAGAGAAUUACUGAGUGCUACUAUAUUAUAUUAAAAAAUACCCCUCCAAUUUUAAAAAAUACCCCUCCAAUUUUAAAAUGUAUUACUGCGUUUAAGCAUUCGUCUUAUUCAAAAAAUUUAUAUAAAUAUCAUUUAUUUUGUGAUGACUUGUUUUAUCAUCGAAUAAAAUAUAACCUUAACUUAUACUUUUCAAUAUUUACAUUAAACUUUUGAAUAAGGCGAAUAGUCAAACAUUGUGAAAAAAGUCAACGGCAUCAUACAUUUUGAAAAGGAGGCGGUGCCGUACUAAACGAAUUAAAUCAUUUUCUGAAAAAAAAAAACUACUCCUACCUCCCAAUAGGGCCUAAUCUAUGUACGAGCCCGUGCCGAAACAGAUCUCGGCACAUCAACCAUUCAGCCCAACACUGUACUCACAACAGGCUUCCAGCCCAAUACCGCGUUGAUCUUUCUGAAGCCCAUAGGCCCAAACAGCGAGAAGAAAGGGAAGCGCGUGAAACCGCGCGCCCCCACGAUCGCACGAGCUCCAUCGAACCCAACCGCCCACCGCCGCCGGCCACCGCGGAGCGCAUGCCGCCGCCGCCGCCGCCGCCGCCAUCUCUGCCCCCGGAUCUCCACCGGGUGCUCUCCCUGCUCCCGCGCCUCGCCUCCCCGCGCCACCUCCUCCAGGCCCACGCCUACCUCCUCCCCCGCGGCGGCCACCGCCACGCGCGCGUCGCCUCCGCGCUCCUCCUCGCCUCCCUCCGCCUCCCGCUCCGCGACCACGCGGCCGCGCUCGUCCGCCGCGUCCACCCCUCCGUGUCCCUCAGGGCCGCCGCGCGGCUCCGCGGCCGGGGCGGGGGAGGGCUCGCCGCGCAGCUGCAUUCCCUGCUCGUCCGCGCGGGCCACGCCGCCGACCCGCACGCCUCGGCCAGCCUCGUCCAGGCGUACUGCUCCUGCGGGAGCGUCGCCUCCGCGCGGAGGGUGUUCGACGAGACGGCCGCCUCCGCGGACGUCGUUUCAUGGAACGUCAUGAUCGAUGGAUACGUGAAGUCCGGGGACCUGGCCCGUGCGCGCGAGCUGUUCGAUGUUAUGCCGGGGAGGAACGUGGUGUCGUGGACGAUGGUGAUCGGGGCCUACGCGCAGAUGAAGCAACCGGAGGAGGCGAUCGAGGUGUUUCGGAGGAUGCAGGUGGAGGGGAUCGAACCGGAUGGGGUGGCGUUGCUGUCGGUGCUCUCGGCGUGUGGAGAUCUUGGUGUGGUUGAUUUGGGAGAGUGGGUGCACAGGUUUGUGCUGCGACGGGGUUUAUGCCAGGAGAUACCGCUGAUGAAUGCGAUCAUCGACAUGUACGUCAAAUGUGGGAGUGUUAAGAAAGCGUUGGAAGUGUUUGAGGGCAUGGAGCAGAAGAGUAUUGUCACUUGGACAACGAUGAUUGCUGGAUUUGCAUUGCACGGCCUUGGUUUGGAAGCUGUGGAGUUAUUUCGCCGGAUGGAGAAAGAGAAUGUGUCACCAAAUGAUAUCACUUUUCUUGCAGUCCUAUCGGUAUGUAGCCAUGUUGGACUGACUGAUUUGGGCCGCUGGUACUUCAAAACUAUGGUGUCUCAGUACAAGAUUAAGCCACGAGUUGAGCACUACGGGUGCAUGAUUGAUCUACUUGGCCGUGCAGGUUGUUUGAUGGAAGCUCGUGGUUUAAUUCAGGAUAUGCCUUUCAAGGCAAAUGCAGCAAUAUGGGGAGCUCUUCUUGCUGCUGCUCGUACUCACGGUGAUACAGAGCUUGGAGAACAAGCCUUGUUGCAUCUAAUUGAGCUCGAACCUCACAACAGUGGGAAUUAUAUUCUCCUAUCUAAUAUAUACGCAGAACAGGAGAGGUGGGAUGCUGUGAGAGAACUUCGAAUAUCAAUGAGAGAUAGAGGAUUAAGAAAUGUGCCAGGGGCAAGUUCUAUUGAUGUUGAUGGCAUGGUUCAUGAGUUCACUUCCAGAGAUGGCUCUCAUCCUUCCUUGCAUAAGAUACGUGAAGUUCUAUGUGCAAUUAACAGUAACAUAAAAUCCGUCGGUCAUAUUGCGCUGCUCCCUGAAAGUUUGCAUGAUGUUGAAGAAGGGUGAGAUGAACAUCAUCUAGUGUGAGCAUUGUUCCAUCACAUGCCAAGUGUGCACAAUUGAAGUUUUGUUAAGAUUGAUGGCAUGGUUUACAAGUUCUCCUAGAGGUUAAACCCCAUCCUUCCAGUCAGACUCAGACUGAUACAGAAGAUACCUGAUGCAAUGCUUCAUACUGAAUCAUUGUUUCCAGCAAAACAAAAGUGAUCACUAUGCCUUAAUGCCUUGAUGGUAAAACAGAUUCCAAUGAUUAUGCUCAUAUUCUACGAAGCACUUGUUUGUAUUGAAGGAGGACAACAUACUUUGGUACACUCAGAAAGAAACAUAUUUGCCUUGUGUGAUAAGUGAACAUAGCUGAUAAUUUAGAGAAUGUUUUAAAGGAGUAGUUUUUCGCCAACUCAUUGCAUGCACAACAGCACAAGGUUGAAACUCAAGAGUAGAUUCUUGAUUGACUAGUUGUUUGAUGUGAGAUUUAGUCUUCUUAUAGGAUAAAAGUUGGCCAAGCCUUUCUUCUUCAGUUAAAGGUACGGGCAACAUCUAAACAGAAGUUUUUUUUUUCUUUUCUUGAUAUUGACCGACCGGUUGUUUCAUCAGACUUCUCCUUUAGCAAUGUAUGUAGAAUAGAUAGGCCAUUCCCUUUUCAACUUAUCUCAAACAAAUACUCUAGCAUUCUGAUUUAAGUUGCUGCUUUACUGA